AUGACUGUAUACAAUUUUACUGUUGGAAUGUCAUGUGAUGGUUGCGUUACGGCUGUAAAGGCGGCCUUAGCUUCUCUACCGGGUACCGCUUGUUCUGUCAGUUUACCCGACCAAAGAGUCACUGUUGAUUCUUCACUUCCUUAUGAUACUAUUAAAGAUGCUCUUGUGAGAACUGGAAAACCAGUUUCUUGA